AGCAAUAGUGGCCGCCUUAUGGACGCACUCCUUCCUUUUGCUAUCAGCAGACGAGUCAGUGGCGGAUAUCACUCUGUGGGAUGUUGUGGAGAGGGCCGCCCAGCCCUUCCCCUCAGUUCCUGCGCCCUCUUUAGCCGCAAUCACAGGUGCGCUGCCUUCUGCGGCUGACAGCAGUAGCGAAUGGCCCAACAACGUGGGCGGGAGGGUGUGCAUCGUGUCCGGGCUGGCAGGCAUUGAGAUCAUGGACCUGGUGGAGAUCAUCAGCAGCCUGGGUAUGGCCAGUGAGGGUGUUGACAUACCCCCCAUGGUGUAUGCAGCCAUGGUGUCCAAGUCGGCAGCCAGGCCGGUGAGGGAGGUGGUGGAGGAUCUAGUGGCUGACCACCGCCUGCUGUACAGCCACACCGAGGUGAGGGAGGUGGUGGAGGAUCUCGUGGCGGACCACCGCCUGCUGUACAGCCAGUCGGAGUGA